UAUCAAUCACUUAAAAGAUGAUAUAAUAUCUCAAAUAUAGAAGUGGAUGUGGAGGAAGAGAUAAAGCAAAAGUCCCAACAAAUGGAGGAGAGAAACACUUGCAAGGUUUGUGUUACAGGAGGUGCAGGGUACAUAGGUUCAUCUCUAGUUAAAGAACUUUUGGAUAAAGGUUACAUUGUUCAUGCUACACUAAGAAACUUAGCUGCCUCCCCAUUGAAGGAAGAUGGAAUUACUUUCAAAGAAUUGAUAGAUGAAACAUGUUGGACACCUCUUAAUUUCUCAAAUCCAUACACUAAACAAUGGCUUUGGGACUAUACAGAGUCAAAGAUGCUAGCAGAAAAAGAGAUAUUGAAGUUUGAGAAGGAAGGAUUGGAGGUGGUUGCAUUAUGUUGUGGCCUUGUAGGUGGACAUACUUUUUUGCCUUAUAUCCCAACAAGUGGUGGUAUGUUCUUGUCAGUGUUAACUCAAGAGAAAGAAUUGUACAAUAAACUCAAGUUUUUAGAGGAUCUUAAUGGAAAAGUUCCAAUAGUGCAUAUUGAAGAUGAGUGUGAAGCUCAUAUGUUCUUCAUGAAUAAUGUUGGUUCACUCAGUGGGCGUUUCUUGUGUGCUAGCUCCUUUGUUUCUACUGCAGAGAUUGGGAAUUACUAUGAACACAAUUAUCCUGAAUUUAAGGUCAACCAAGAGUACUUGAAUGACACCAAGAGAGAAAUCAAGUGGGGAUCAAAAAAGUUGGUUGAAAAAGGUUUUGUGUACAAAUAUGGAAUGAAGGAGAUACUUGAUGAUUGUCUUACUUCUGCUAGGAAGAAUGGCAUUUUAUAGCAACAUUGAAUAAAUAAUUUUAUAAUUGUAACACUUACUUCUUUAAUUUGUCACAUACAUGAUAUUUUAUUAUAUUUCAGAAAAAUCUUAGAGCACUUGA